AUCGAUAGUGGUAAGGAGGAGCUGGAAACGUGACUUAAGAUCCACCCCUGUGUUUUCGUCGACAACGUAGCCGGGGGGAAACAACUCGGACAGUCAAUGUGGACAAGCUGCAACACGGCACAUUGAGUUCCCGUUUUCCUUAAAGGGCAGUCAGUGGCUGGGAUCAAGUACUCACAUAACGAAGGAAAUCAACGAACUACUCAGAUAACGAAGGAACGCAACGAACUCUGCUCUUCUGUAAAACAAGCUGGUUACUUAACUGGGCCUGAGCAAAUUCGCUUUAAUAAUAGAGUCCUUUAAAUAAAGGCUGACAUAGAAAAUAAUGGAUGGAACUGUCAGCCUCCCAAGCCAGCCCGAAAAAACAACCAAAGUGACUCUGGUUGAGAGCAGCGUCGCUCCUGGUGGACAGCAGCUUGUCAACGCUUACCAGACCACUAGAGUGGGGGACGCUAUGGAUCUUGUUGCUUUGGCAACACAACUGCAGAAGGCAGACGAUUUUAUUAAAGCCAAUGCCUGCAACAAACUGUCGGUAAUUGCUGACCAGAUCCGAUAUCUACAAGAGCAAGCAAGAAAGGCCUUAGAAGAAGCAAAAAGAGAUGCUGACCUCCACCACGCUGCCUGCAACAUAGUGAAAAAGCCAGGCAACAUGUAUUACCUCUACCAGCGACCAUCUGGACAAAAAUACUUUUCUAUCAUUUCACCUAAGGAAUGGGGCUCAAGUUGUCCUCACCUGUUUGUUGGUGCAUUCAAACUUCAACACGACAUGUCCUGGACUCCUGAGGAUGAUGUGCAUAAAAGGGAUGCAGAGAUUGCUAUCAUGGGCAAGUUACUGAGCCAACAGACAAUUUUACCAUCUGACAAGGAACCUAAUUUCAAAGGACUCUCUAAUUAAGAGAGUGGUGCAGCUGACUAAACCUGAAUAUUCAUCCCAUAAUGAAA